GUAAGUCUAGAUUUCGAGCGGAAGUACUGCAGACGAUGAAAUUCAGCGCAUGCGUAGUCUCACUUCCGACGUUUAAAGGAUUUGCCGCGAAACAGGUGCCCUUCGAUAUCAAAGAUAUCUUGGUGUUCUUCACAUUGUUACGAAGAAUCUGUGUUGCAUACAUUUCUGAGCAGCAGACAGAGCAUUUGAAGAUGGAGUCUGUUCACCUAGAUAUGGAUGGGAUCUUUGAGGAUGGAGAUGACCAUGGAGAAGACUUCCCCUCAACGCUGCCUGAUCUCCCAGCUGAGUUGGAGCCCCUCGGUGAAGGAGACGAGGAUGUGCCUCUCAGUCAGGACCCAGAAAAUGCUGAUGUGUUGGCCAAGUUGAAGGGAAUGAAAGGUGCUGGGAAGAAGGUGGUGAGACGGCCACAGCCUAAACUAGAUGCUUCAAGGUUGAGUGGAGACAGAGGAAUACCACUUCUACCGCGGGUUUUCAAGGAUGUCAAGUUCAAAGGUCGAGGUCAUGAGGCUGAUGACCUGCGAGUGAUGAUGAAGUACCUGGAACACUGGGCUCACCGUCUGUUUCCUAUGAUGCCGUUUGAUGAGGUGUUGGAGCGCAUUGAGAAGCUGGGUACCAAAAAGGAAGUGCAGACAUGUAUAAAGAAGAUGCGUCUAGACAUACCGAUCCUGAAAGAUGACUUUGUGGAUGACAACGAAAGUGAUAAGGAGCAGGAAGAAGAAGAAGAGGGAUCAGUCCGUAGAGGCCUACAAGACUUUGAUGCAGAGGAGGCGUUUGAUGAGAUUAUGCGAGAAGAACAAGAGAAGAAGUCACAAUCCCAACAGGCCCCACUCACUUCCCUACUGGCCACGCCCACCACCCCUGCAGCAGGGGUCAGGGCACCUGUCACCACCCCUGUCACCACCCCCAGCACCACCCUCAGCAGCACACCUAAUGGCAUGACACCUGAACAGAAGGAGAGAAUGGAGAGAAACAAACGACUGGCCAUGGAGAAGAGGGCUGCCAGGCUAGCUCAGAAGGCAGCUGAAUCAAACAAAGAGGCUGCAGGAUCCGCUGUCUCCCCUGCUGUCCUGCCUGCUCCAGAUGAACAGAUGGAAAUAUCCAAGGAGAUAAACACAGAGGAUAGGUCGGACAUAGAUCCCUCUAAACAUCCUGACCAGGGUGAUAGUCUUAAAAAUGACAGUAUUACACUGCCAUCUUCCAAGGAAGUGAUUGUGAACAGUUCUACACCUUGUAAGGAAAGUGUUGACACCGAGGGAACAGUGCCUGUGAACCGGUACUCGGAACAUGACACACACAUGGAAGUUGAUCAGACUGGUGAAGAACAAACCCCUACCCAUGUGCCUUCUUUAGAGCCUGGUUGCUCCCAGGAAAUGAACGACAAAAAGAUAGAUUCAGAAAAUUCAAAUGUUGAGUUGCCUGAUGCUGCAGCUGAAGAAUUAGUGAAUGGCUCAGGUAAAGAGAGCUUAGAAAACAAUCUGAAUCAAGUCUGUGAGUCAUCAGAUAACAUGGUGGGUCAGGAACAGUCAGAUGAGCAAGGACUAUCAAAAACAGACGAACCCAUUGUGGAGAGCAUAAAAUCUGCAGAACACUCUUCUGAAGACCCUACAGUUGAUGAUCAGCAGACGGCAGAUCAGAUCAUGGAUGGUCUGGACAGUGAUUAAGUCAGCAAUAAGUCAAUCGGUUCAUGAUAAGUCAGGACAGUAAAGAUCCACCAGGGCAGAGGACUGUUAGAGCUGCAGAUGUCCCCUCUUCCUUGAUACUAUACGUGAAGCCGUGCAGCUUGAAUGUGCAGGAAUUUACCUUGGUCUUCCCAGAGACUUGUACAUCACUGAGCCUUUUAUACCAAGUUAUGGAUUACUGCAUAAAACAAAUACUGCAGUUGAGCAUUUAUUUUCAAUAGAGAACUGAGAAGAAACUUUUGUUAAGCUGACUCGAGAGCUAACACCUACACUGUAAUGAGAUCUGACCCUGUAUGCUGUCUACCAGAUUACAUAUUGUAAUGGCAAUAUCACAGUGCGUUAGCACUAUAAAAGCACAAGCAGACACACACUACAUCACACUUGUACAUGCACAUCGCAAUGUAAGUAGAAUAAUCUUGAAUGCAGGGAAAUACCCAAUUUGACGUCUCCCCAUUCUUUGAUAAAGUGUACUUACUUGAGUAUGACAAUGCGAAUAAAUUAUUACACCACAAGUAAUGAUUCCGUCAUGUAAUGUUACUCAAAACUGAAGUAUUAGUAGUACAAAACAGAAAGGUCCAGUACAGACAUAGUAUAUAACUGUAGUCCAAAUAAACAAAGCUGCUGUUGCUUGUUUUGUUUGAAAUAAUAUAUUCCUAAGGCUGUGCCAUUUAUUCACAGAUAUGAACAUGAAAAAAUAAUGUGAUAUAUCAACUGUUUUAUUAUAUGUAUAUUAAAUCAAUUCACAGGC